UGUCAAAGGUCGGUCACUCUGGCACCGCACAACAUUCCAAGCUGGGUCAAUCACCCCUGAAGUUUCAAUAAACCUGCCAGGAAAGAGCCUUCAAAAGUCUGGUUAUCAUUAAAACUCCCAACUCCCAACUCUUUAGUUAUCAAACAAUAUGGAUUUCCCAGAUUUCCCAUUACCAAAGAGAAGAAAAAUCAAUUCGGAUUCCAUUGCUACUCAACAAGAAAAGGCCUCUUCUUCCUCUUCUUUCUCUUCUUCCCCUUCACGUCCAUACGAUGUCUUUUUGAGUUUUAGAGGUGGGGAUACUCGAGACAACUUCACAGGCCAUUUGUACAAUUAUUUGGUUCAGAAGGGAAUUAAUACCUUCAUAGAUGAUGAAGAGCUUAGAAAAGGAGAAGAAUUAUCAUCUGCACUUCUCAAAGCAAUUGAAGAGUCAAAGAUUUCUAUCGUCAUAUUCUCUGAAAACUACGCAUCCUCAAGGUGGUGUUUGGUUGAACUUGUUCAUAUCCUACAAUGUAAGGAGUUGAAGAAACAAUUGGUUUGGCCGGUGUUUUACAAGGUGGAUCCCUCCGAUGUACGGUACCAGAAGGGUAAAUAUGGUGAGGCACUUGCUAAACAUGAGGGCAGAUUCAACGACAACGACAUGGACAAGGUCAAGAGAUGGAGGAAGGCUCUUAGUGAUGCAGCUCAUAUAUCAGGGUGGACUUUCUCCAACGGGUAUAUUUCCAUAUUUAAGCAUGAACCUAAGUUCAUUAGUGAGAUUGCUGAAGAGAUUUCAGCACAAGUAUCAAAACGUAGCUAUUUACAUGUGGCAAAGAAUCCCGUUGGUAUAGAGUCUCGUGUACAAGAUGUGCUUAAGCGUCUAGAUGUCGAGGGAAGUGAUGUUCGCAUGGUUGGUAUAUGGGGUAUUGGUGGGCUAGGGAAAACAGCAAUUGCUAAUGCUAUAUUCAACUCAAUCGCCCAUAAGUUUGAAGGUUCGUGUUUCUUGGCAAAUGUUAGAGCAGCUUCAGUACGCCAUGGAGGCCUAGUUCAACUACAAAACAAUCUUCUUAAUGAGAUUUUAGGGGGCCGGAAAAUGGAGAUGACCAAUGAUGAUAGAGGAAUCCAGGUGAUAAAGGAAAGGUUAGGUAGUAAAAGGGUUCUAUUAGUUCUUGAUGAUGUGAAUGAACUGAACCAGUUGGACAAAUUAGCUGGAGGAUUGGAUUGGUUUGGUCGUGGCAGCAGAAUUAUCAUAACAACAAGAGAUAGACGCUUGCUAAUUAAUCAUCCUGUCAAUGAAAUAUACAAGGCCAAGGCAUUAGGUAAUGAUGAAGCCCGUAACCUCUUGAUUUUGAAUGCCUUCAAGAAAAACAGUAAUCCAGAUGAGUAUCUGAAAUUCCCAAUUGAUACUGCUGUACUCUAUACUCAUGGCCUUCCAUUAGCUAUAAACAUUUUGGGUUCCCUUCUCUGUGGUAAGAGUAUAAGUCAAUGGCAUGCUGCAUUGGAUAGUUUCAGAAGAUCUCCUAACAGCAAUAUCCAAAAAGUCCUAGAAACAAGUUACAGUGAAUUGGAAGAUCCAUUGAAAGGAGCAUUUCUCGACAUUGCAUGUUUCUUAAACGGUAAAGAUAAGGACUAUGUGAUGCAAGCACUAGAUGGUUCUCGCCUCAACCCUAUAGAUGCUAUUGAAGUACUUGAAGAAAAGGCCCUCAUAAAUACUGAUAGAUCUGGUAUGAUUUGGAUGCAUGACUUGCUGGAGGAAAUGGGAAAAGAAAUAGUUCUUAGAGAGUCACCUGCAGAUGCUAGCGGACGUAGCAGACUAUGGUUUCAUGAGGAUGUUCAUCGUGUUUUGACUGAAAAUACAGGCUCAAGGAAAGUUAAAGGCAUCAAAGUAGAGCUACCAGGAGAAGAUGAGAUAUGUUUGAGUGCUAAAUGCUUUAAAAAGAUGAAAAAUCUUCAACUUUUUAUAAACAUUAAUGCACGCUUCACUGGAGAGGUUAAUUAUCUCCCAAAUCAGUUGAGGUUCCUUGAUUGGCCUGGAUUCCCAGCACAAUCUUUGCCAUCCGACUUCAGUCCACAAAAACUGGUCAAGCUCAAUAUGCCAAACAGUCACAUCUCACGACUUGGGCAAGGAUUCAAGAAUUUUCAAAAUUUAAAAUCUCUAAGUUUUGAAAGUUGCAAAUUCCUAACAGAGGUCCCUGACUUGUCUGGAAUCCAAAACUUGGAGUUGCUGAAUUUAAGUUACUGUACAAGUUUAGCUGAGUUGCAUCCUUCUGUUGGAUUCCUUAAUAAGCUUGUUAAAUUCGAGAUUACAAAUUGCGACAACCUUAAGAUGUUCCCAAGAAUAGUCAACAUGAAAUCUUUGGACUAUUUUGAUUUGACUGGCUGUAAGAGGCUCGAGAACUUCCCAGAAAUUGUGGGAAGGAUGGAAUCCUUAACAGCCUUGCUUGUUGGUAAAACUGCCAUCAAAGAAUUGCCUUCAUCAUUUGGAUAUGAUCUCUUUAAUCUUCGAAUUUUGCAUUUAUGUUCAUGCGAUAACCUUACGAAUCUGCCACUCAGCAUUUAUGAGUUGCAAAAGCUACAGCAUCUUGCACUCAUAGGUUGCCGAAAACUGGAGCUACCUCCAUUUCCGAAGAAGAUGGAAUACUGUGAAAUGCCAACUCCAACAUCCAGCUCAAAGAUUUCACAUUACGGCAAGGCAACUUCAUCAGAAAAAGAAAGUGAUUGUGACGGUGGUGGUGGUGGUGGUGGUGAUGAUCAAGGCAAUGUAGUGUUUCCUUCGGACAGUGAUUUUCUUGUGAGGCUUGGUUGUGCCUCCACCUUAACAGAGCUUGGGUUUCCAGCAAGCAAUUUUGUUAGUCUUCCCGCUUGCCUUACCAAAUUUAUCAACUUGAAGGCGCUUCACUUGUGUGGGUGCAAGAGGCUUCAACAAGUUCCAGAGCUUCCAGCAAAGUUGAAAAUGUUAAAUGUGAGAAACUGCGUAUCAUUGGAAAGAAUUUCAAAGUUAUCAAACAUUUUGAAAAAUCAAGAAUCGCAAAUGAUUAAGUGGCUGGACUUGACCAAUUGCUGGAGACUGUGUGACAAUCUGGUUCAGGAGGCAGAGAAGAAAGGUUUGUUGGUGAAUUAUGAUCAUCAGGUGGAGGCUGAUCUCUUCUCUCUUUUUCUCUCUUCUCAGAAGUCUGAAUUCGGGGUUGUACUUCCAGGUUAUGAAAUUCCAAAGUGGUUCAGCUGUCAAAUGGAUUUCAAAGGGAAUGGACUGUUUGAAUUUGAUAUUCAAGUCCUUCCUAAUUUCAAAUGGGAGAACACAGGAUUGGCUCUAUGUGUUACUGCGGCACGGAUGUAUGAUUGCGGAUUAGAAAUUUUUAUCAAUGAAGUACUACUGCCGAUUAAAAGUUUAAGUGAACUUAGACAUUAUCAUGGCAAUCCUGAAGAUGCUGAUUCGCCUCGUAUGUCGCUGUUUUAUAUUCCGUUCCAUAGAAUGGGUCCAUCUGGUUAUAAGCGUCCGCUGCCACCUUUUCAAUGUCGAGUUAGUAUUUAUCAAAGAUUCUAUACUAACGUGGUUCCCUUGAAAAGCUGCGGAGUGCACCUGGUAAUGCCACCAAAUGAAGUGUGUAUGAAACUAUCCCACGCACAGAACCUCACGAAUAGACUCAAAGCAGAGGACCGUCAGGACUCAAGAGAAGUAUCGUUAAUUGGGAUUAAGUGAAAUGGCUGGUCACAAGAUUGCUGAUGCUGAAGGACCAAGUGUUGUCAAUGAGAUCUGUAGCAUCACUGCCCUUGCUUUAACGCAUCACUGGCCAGAAUGACCACAGGAAAGUGAAGGCAAUAAUUCUAUGACUUGCUGGAUAAAGGUGAAGAAAUCAAUCUUGUUGAUCAAGUGAGAUGCUAAACUGUUUAGACCAUCAUGUAUUCAUGGACACUUCAAAGUUUCAACAAUGUUGUUUUGAACAGAAAUUGUUGUUGUUUGCUGCAUUGUGAUUUUUACCAGGCUUCUGUACGAUUUUUCUUUUGACAAAUAAAUGGUUCAUAAUAUGUAAAAUCAAAGUUGACCAUUCA